UAAAAAUAUUAGAAAAUGGACAGUUUUAAGCAAAUGAUGAUGAAAAACCGGGCUAAGCCGGAAGUUACCACCCAGGAUAAAAAAGAGGCCUUAAUCAAGAAGAAAAAGGAAGAGAAGAGGAAACAGCUGUUGGAGAAGAAAUUACAAGAGCAGAAGAGAAAGGAAGUCUUUGAAAAGCUUCAGGCUAAAAAUAAACCCAAACCUCUUACUGCUAAGAACAGUACCAAGGACGCUCCUAAAUCUGCACCUAGAGACAAAAAUAAUCAAAAGGAAGUACGUCUACCUGAGCCUAAAAGAGAUACCGAGGAAAGCAGACUUGAAGAACGAAUGAGGAUUCAAAAACUCAAAGCUCUCAGGAAAGCUAAAGCUCAAGAGAGAGCUCUCGGGAUCCAUUCAAAUACAGAAUUGGACUCCGAGAUUAACAGAAUUUCUCUGAAAAGACAAGAAAAACCUAAGCCAAGAGAGAUAAAGGAGAAGGCUAAAUCUCGACCUAGUAACACAAUGAUUUCAGAUCGAAAUUUAUCAAAAGCUCAGCUGAUCAGACAAGCCGAAAUUCUGAGGAGGAAAAAUGAAAUGCUGAAGAAAAGAAAGCUUUCUGAAGAGGAGAUCUCCAGACCUCGCCCUUCAAAAGAGAUGAAACCAAGAGUUUCGACUAGAGAGGAAUCCAAGAAGCCUAUCAAGAAGGAGGUGACAUACUUUUGAUCAGUCUGAAAUUUUGAGCAUGGGGCAGAUUAUCAUAGGAAGAAGUUUGAAGAACGAGAAAGAAUUCAACAGCCUAGUAAAAGACCCUCAGACUUGAGCUCCACUCAGUCAAAAAGAAGGAAAAUAAUUGAGGAAGAUGAUGACCUUGAUGGAUUCAUCGUCAGAGAUAACUUAGAUGAAUCAAACAUGGCCAGUAAUGUAAUCAAAUAAACUCUAUGGACACAACAAACACGACGCUUAUUACAGUGAUGAUGAAGAUGACAUGUGCAUGGAAGCAGGCUACGACCAAAUUGAGAAAGAAGAGUUCAUAUCGAAAAAGAUCGGGCAGAAGGAAGAUCAAAUUGAGUACAAAAGAAUGCUUGCUCGAGGAGAAAUCCCAUAAUAAUCACUUAGAAUCAACCCUUAUUAUA